AUGUUCGCCGAUCCAGUCUACUUCCCGAAGUUGAGAACGGACGAGAGUAGCCGUACUUCGUCGCGCCGCGAAGCAUAUGCGACGCGGGCAGUCCCCGUUGAUUAUCAGUUCAAGGACGGGAGCAAGCUGGCAAAGAAGCAGACACUCGCCGAGGCGGAGAAAACACACCAGCGAAAGAUUCGUACAGAGGAUGUCGAGUCCACGUAG